CCUCUUCAAACGGGCAAGCCCGAAAAUUUUUCUUUCAAACCCCAAGGCCUCUUGACGAUUGACGGACCUCCCUCUCUUUCGCAAAACAGCAAAACAAAAUCUGCCCGCAACCUGCUUGUGGAAAUUCCUCUAUGAAGAUCUUAAAUGCCAAUGCUGGUGCACUUACCAAUUUCGAAGUACUGGACUUUCUAAGAUCAAGGGGUGCUGUAGGGGAUUCUACGCGUCUUGUCCCUAAUACAGCACCAUCGGAGUUGAAGGUCUACGAUUAUUUGGUUGAAAGUCCUGCUUGCAAUCAGACUAGAGAAGUCAUCAAUGAUUUCUUGGAAAAAUGUAGACCGUUUAACCUUGCGAAAGCUGAGGUGCUUAAUAUCAUGAACACAAGGCCCUCUGAUUUGGUUUAUAUCUAUCCGAUUGUAGAACUAUGCGAUGAUCGAUUGGGAGAUAGGAUUGAAGAGUUAAAACAGACGAUCUUAGAGGUGUUGCCUCCUCCUCCAGUGCCGCCCACACCACCUGAAGAAGAAGGGACUAAGGAGGGCGAAGACACUGCGAAUGACCAAAACAAUGGGGAAGAUAAAGACGAAACUGCUCAGAGGAAUCAAAUGGAAUUAAGUUAAAGACUGUCGAUGGUCAGAUCUUAAAUAAAAAGUUAAGAGGGGAUACAAUUUUUCCUUAGGAACAAAAGAUGUCCAGAUGAUAACGUUUCUGAUUAGUGAAUCAGUAAGUGAAUUUAUUUACCAUUUGGUUUUAAACAGCAAAAAUAAACUUUUGGCAACUUAUGAGGUAGUUAUGGACUUUUGGUUGAAAGAAAACCAAUAUUUCCAAGUU